AUGAACAUAAUGCGCAAAUUACGAGGGGGUACCAGCGUCGGUAUGGGCUCGAGCGGUACCGGUGGCCUGGACGACUGUGCCGGCGGCACGAACCCCCAGCACACCGCUCUGGGGCUUAUGCACCUCAAGAAACUCUUCUCCGAGUACACCCAUCCGCCGCAUCCCCUCUCUGACACCGAACGUGAUGAUAAAUUGUACAACAUGUUGCCAUUAUUUUGCAAGGUAUUUGGCUCUAGUCCAUCGGGAGAUAUGAACGAAAAGUUCUGGGACAUUUUGGCAUUUACGCAACAAGUAUCAAGACUGAUGGUAUCCGAAAUCAGGAGAAGAGCGAGCAACCAGAGCACCGAGACGGCGAGUUGUGCCAUCGUCAAGUUUCUGGAGAUCGAGAACAGCGAGGAGUCGAGCAACGGCUGGAUGUUGCUGUCCGCAUUGAACCUGUUGGCAGCGGGUGACACGUCUCUCAUACAAGCUAUGACCGCUGCCUCGGUUCCGUCGACCCUAGUAAAAUGUUUAUAUCUGUUCUUCGAUCUGCCCGAGAUGAACGAAGAAGACGCCGAUAUUACAGAUGCAAAUAGUGAAUUUACCCCUAGAGAACGUAGGAUACUGUUACAAAAAAUAUUUGUUCAGUUAUUGGUGAGAUUAUGUAGCCACCCUUAUCCCGCGGAGGAACUCGCCCGUAAGGACGACCUUACCUUAUUGUUCUCAGCAAUAACCAGUUGGUGUCCACAGUACAAUAUUAUGUGGCGUAAAAGUGCCGCCGAAGUCUUGAUGACGUUAUCUCGACAUGGUCUUACACAGAAUGUAGUAGCCUAUAUUCAUAAUAAAGGAUGCAUAGCACUCUGUAUCGAUAAUAUGCAACGUGUACCUGAGCUGGCACCAUUAGAAGUUGUAGAAAUGUUCGUAACGGUGUUCUGUUUUCUAAAAGACUCCAGUGAGGUUUCUCAGACAUUGUUGGAUGACUUUCGUGCUUGUCAAGGCUAUAUCUUUCUAUCGGAAUUUCUGUUGAAACACGCACCUUCGAGAUUAGAGCAAGAUAACAGAGCGGAAGCGCAAGAUGCUAUCCGAAAUUUGGUACUAAUGUUAGCAUCUUUAACAAUGUGCGGUCAUACGGAAUUAAAGCCGAGUCAAGCUAGUAUGGGAUCCUUGUUUCAAAUGCUUGGAUUUACUUUGCCACAACCAAGUAACAGAGGAGGAAGCGUUCGUAAUAUUCAGGCGUUCCAAGUAUUGCAAUCUGUAUUUGUGAAAUCUAAUUCACCACUUCUGUGUUGCACUAUACUUGACGCGAUAUCUAGCGUGUAUCACAGCGAUAACGCGAAUUAUUUCAUUCUCGAGGGACAGAACACCCUGUCCCAGUUUGCGGAGAAAAUUCACUUGAAGAAUCCAGAAAUACAAGAGAAAUUCUUUCAACUGUUGGAAUUCAUUGUUUUUCAACUUAAUUUCGUUCCGUGUAAAGAACUCAUAUCUCUGUCUAUUUUAUUGAAAACGAACAAUUCAAUCUCGUGCAGUAUUAUGUGUAUGGAAACUCUCCUUAAUAUACUCAGACACAAUACCAUAUUUAAAGAUGUUUAUAGAGAAGUUGGUAUGUUAGAAGUUUUUGUGACUUGUCUUCAUCGGUACGCGACAUUACUUAAGGAUAAGCAAGCCGCAAUUGAUCAAGGAUUAGAAUAUACGAUAUGCUCCGAGGAUGAACGGUUGGGUGCCUUAGUAAUGGAGGCUUUAACAACACUAUUAGCGAGUAAUGUUCAAAAUGCGAAUGUCUUUAGAGAAUGUGGAGGCGCGCGUUGCGCUCAUAAUCUAGUGCCCUAUGUAGAUUGUCGGUAUCAAGCGCUUGGUAUCGUGAGAGAAUUGAUACUCAGCGCGGGUGGCGACGACGACAUGGCUACACUGUUGGGAGUUAUGCAUUCGGCACCUCCUAAUGCCUUGAUUUUAAAGACACAUAUAUUAAAGUCUCUGUUAGCCUGUUUGCGCGAGUCGCAUAGGACUAGAACGGUUUUCCGGAAAGUCGGGGGCUUCGUUUACGUAAUGUCAGUUCUGGUGUCUCUGGAAAGUCAGUUAGGCCCGCAAAGAUCGGAGAAGAGUGAACCUUGUAACGACAUCAUACAAAGGACUAUGCAGGACGAGAGCCAAUUGCUAACGUUGUUACACGUGGUAUUUCAUACUAUAAGUACAGCUAUGCGAUUUGAGCCGGCAAACGCGAAAUUCUUCCAUCAUGAGAUUUGCCAAUCGAGUCUGUGCGAUACUUUACGCCUCCUCGGAUGCUUCUCGACGCAGACGAAAAUCUCAGAGAUGGAUAUGAUACCGACUAUGAAUUACCAUAAUAUGCUAAUAUCAUUAUUUACCGGGAGUGUAUUGGACCCAAUAUUUCCCGAUAAUAUGCCAAAGACAUUAGGAUACGCGUGCUUGCUGCUGCGCUUGCUUUACGACGUGGCGCUCGAUUCCUUUGACAAACCCAAUUUAGCUAAUGUUGGGAUAAGGUCACCGAGUCACAAGCAAAAUUGCAUGGAGCAAAAGUCAUCAUUCGACUCUCCUGGAAGCGGCAAGAGAUGUAUUAUAAAUUCCUUAAACCUAAGCCCACCUGCACCCGAGCCAAUUGUAGUUCAUCCUGGUAUAGUAGUAGGAAUGCUUCACUUACUCCCGUCUAUAUCCGAACCAUCCAAUCCGCAAAUGGCACUAGCGUUACAAUUGUAUGUGGCGGAGAUCAUCAAGAGCUUAGUACGGUCAGAAAGAAAUCAGCAGGUGAUGUGUGAAGCCGGUAUGGCCGGUGAAUUGCUUUCAGUAGGUAGAAUCGCUUUGCAAGACGAAACGCAUCCGCUUCAUCAACCUCUGCAGUACAUCAUAGAGAGACUCGCUGCGCAAUCGCUUGAACCGAGAGAUCUAAGAGAAUUUCUACGUUUGGGUGAUCCAUUAUGUUGCAUUUCAUUGGAUGAUAUCGAGCCGAACAAGUUCAGAGGUGGACCAGUUCCUUUAACGCGGAUUAAGACACUAGUGUCGAUGACGACACCCAAGGACUUCAGGGCUCACGGUUCGUGCACCUUGCCACCUUUCGUCGAGUUGGAUAUGAGCGCCGAGGGAUUUGCGUGUUUGUAUCUACCGAGUGUCGCUCCGCAAAGUACCACACCUCCUACAGUUGUUUCUGCGGAUAACAGUGUACUUGGAGGAAUUGGAUCAGGCGACAGAUUAUUUCCACCGCAGACCGGCUUAACAUACAGCACAUGGAUAUGUGUUGACAAAUUUAGUGAUCCCAGAACUGAUCCCCAUUGCGUAAGAUUACUGACAUUGGUGCGUACUCCGCAAUCGGCGAGAGACUUAAUUUGCCUGACUGCAAUUCUUAGCGCUAGAGAUAAGGCUAUUAUUGUUUCCACUCAGGAGACACCCAUUCCGCAAAAUACAGGCGAAUGGGAACCCGAAGGAACGGGCGAAUGCGGUGCCAGAGUUUGGUGUCCCGAUUUACUUCACGAAGGACAGUGGCACCACAUAGCUAUCGUGUUAAACCGCGCGGUUCUGAAAAACUCUAGUUUCUCAUUAUACUUGGAUGGUCAACAUAUCCAUAGUCAAAAGCUUCAUUAUAUUACACAAGUUCCUGGAGGUGGGGCGGCCAACUUGACCGUGGCUUCGCCAGUUUACGGCUACAUUGGUACACCACCCUGCUGGCGCAGAUAUUCUAGAUUGACGUGGAAACAAGGACCGUGCCAUUUGGUGGAGGAAGUGUUUAAUUCUCAGAACAUUGCUACUUUGUUCAGACUGGGUCCGCAUUACAUGGGAAGCUUGCAAGCACCACAAUUGAGUGGCCCUGAACCUCUAGCGCCUCUUGUGGCUGAAGAGAAGGUUGUGUUUGGACUGAAUGCAAAAGCCAUGUCGCAGUUAACUUUAGCUAAAAUCCGGAAGGUUUACAGUCGAGCGGAUAAUAAGUCAAUUGCCAAACAACUUGGCAUGUCAUCGCAUGAGAAUGCCACACCUAUCAGAGUCCUUCAUAAUUCCGCGGGGCAUCUCAGUGGUCCAGCCAGAGCAUUAGGCGGUGUAGUUGUCGGUUACCUUGGCGUUCGUGUAUUUAGUCCUAAACCAGUAGCUACUAUGAUCGACAAUGUAGGAGGAUGUUCAGUGUUAUUAGGUUUAAUAGCUAUGGCCCAAGACGUAGAAUCUUUGUAUGCGGCUGUUAAGGCACUAGUAUGCGUAGUAAGAUCCAACCAAGCGGCCCAACAAGAGAUGGAUCGCAGGAGAGGAUAUCAGACUCUGGCUAUGUUGUUAAGAAGAAAAUGUCCUCUCCUAAAUAGUCAUAUAUUGCAUCUAACGUUCAGUCUCGUUGGGACAGUCGACAGCGGUAGAGAAACUAGUGCAAUUCCUAAUGUCACAGCGUUUCAGGAUCUCUUAUGUGAUUUGCAAGUUUGGCAUGAAGCUCCAGGAGAAUUGCUAAGAUCUCUCCUCGAACAUUUGUACGAACUAAUAGCGGAAUCCAGUGAGAAACGAACUAACUUGCGAUUAAUGAGAGAUUUACAAUUAGUACACAAACUAUUGCACAUCUUAAGCGAUGUAAAGCUAGGUAGCACCAGACAAAUCCUUUUAGCGCUUCUCAGUAUAUUAUUGAGUCAACCACGACAAGCUGAUCUAUUAUGGUUUGGACAAUUUAUUGUGGCUACCUUACCGCUAUGUUCCGAAAAGCACCUAAUCCUUAGAGAAGGAGAUGGACCCAAAGAUGGGGAAGGAGAGAGCAUACUUUUACGCAAUCGUUGUUUACAGCUUUUACAUUCGUUGUUGUUUAAUGGAUCCAAGGUUAAUGUAAAUAUGUGUGAAGAAGUAGCUAAAGUUUUGGGCCUAGAUUGGGUGCUACUGUUCCUCCAGUCUGGUCUUCAUAGUACUACAGUCGUCUGGGGGUUACGUAUACUCGUAGCGAUAUGUUCUGUGCAAUCGAUUCUGCAAAAGUUCAAAGAGGGCACGAGCAAUGGUGGUUGGCUGCGACAUACCGAUCACAAUAAGAUGGCACUAGCACUUGGUUGUCACCAACAAAUGUCGACUGGUGAAAUUAAACCAUCCGGGCUUCACGUACCAGGAUUUCAGCAUCUGGGCUGGUUGCUUCCGCAACAUAUCGAUCUUGUUCCGGAACUUUAUUUCCUUUUCAUCGCUCUCAUGAUGGGACAGCCUGUAAAAUUACUACCUACCGAUUCAAAGCUCGAUUUAGAUAAUGUUUGGAAUUUUAUGUUCGGAGUUCCGGCAAAUCACACAUUAUCGUCCUUUGCUAGUAGAAUUAAUCUUUGUCCUGAAGCGAUGGUCACACUACUAGCUAUGGUGCGGACCAUGUUAAACAGCCAUUCGAACAACCCGGAAGUGUUGCCAGAGUGGUUAAACGAUUAUCCCGUGACAAUAAUACAAUUCCUGUUCUUCCUUUACCGCAAUUUCACCGACUUCAUGCAAGUCUUUAUGUCCGCGGAAGUUCUGGGUGCCUUAGCUGGAACCUUGUUUCCGAAACCCGCGAGUUCUAGUCAGGAUAGCAGCGGUGCCAGUACCCCAGCCGACGAGCAAGAACCAGUAUUAGUGAGAUCACCAUCGAAAGAUGUUGGGCUGACAAAUCACCCGGCGAAGAAGUUCAUAAUGGACUUUUUUAAAGUUAUCGUCGUCGACUCGCUCUCAUUGCCAGUUACAGCAAAGUCGCCAGCGAUAGAUCUUGUCUUGGAGGCAUGGCCGGAACAUGCGUCGUCGGGACAACAAAUGCGUUAUCAGACGGAGGUGUUGUCUAUAUUAAUGGAGCAUUUGUUAGCCGCCGAUGUAUUGAUCGGGGAACAGGCCGCAUUGCCUGUCGUUCCCGGUGGAUCGGCCAAUAAUAUAACCAAUAAUGUUUGUUACGUGGCAGCCAGAAUAGUUGACAAAUUGUGGCAAGGUGCUUUGACAAAGGAUCCGCACGAGGUAUUCGAUUUUAUCGUAAAACUAAUUGGUCAAGCGAAAAGACGACCUGGUGCUGUCAGUAUGGAAGGUCUUCAUCACUGCCUGAAUAGGACAAUUUUAUUCUUACUGUCACGUCCGACCGAAUCUAUUGCCGAUCAAAUGGCGGUACUAGAGGCAUUACAUAAGCUUACUACUCAUAGAUUAUUAGUGUUCGGUGCUGGCAAUCAUGAAUUAGAAUUUAUCGGCUGUUUAACGUAUUGCCUCUUACAACUGACGGCUGAUAUAAGGAUUAUGUUAGACAUCAAUAUGAAAACUCUGUGGCACGUUAAUCCGCAAGUGGAAGCCAGCGACGAUAGACUAAUGUCUCAUCAGGGGCACAAUUUAAUGGCUGUAGCGGCAACGAGAGUCUGGGAGGAGUUGUACGUAUGCAAAAAGCCCGCAAUAGAGGAAGUUUUCAAAGUGACUUUGUCGACGCCCGUGGGUAACGAGCGAGCACCAGAAUUGCCGGUCGUGAGAGAACAAGUUUACGAAGCUGCGUUCAAAGUUUGGCACAAUUACGUAGGUUCAGAAAAAAAAGCCCCAUACAAAAUUCCCUGGGAACUUCACAAUCAGAUACAGUCGAAAAUCCAAAGGGUGACAGGAGGAUUAACAAGAUUGGCGAGCCGAACAAAAGUGCGAAAAGAGGAGUCUGUGCGUGUAAGGCUUAGAUUACAUCAGAGUACUGUUGCUCAAUGGACGGAGCAACAUGUCGCGUUAGUCAGAGAACUUGCUGCGGUAAGACGUCUACAGCAUCAACAGACAAACCUGCACACUCAACGUUACGUUUAUCAAGAAUGGCUGCAAACUGAAACGGAAUUGACUAGGGAACGCGGUCUUUGGGGAUCUCCGACACCGACUAUAUUGGACAAAUGGAUGUUGGAUAUGACUGAAGGGCCGUGUAGAAUGCGAAAGAAGAUGAUGAAGAAUGAACUCUUCUAUGUACAUUAUCCAUAUCGGCCUGAAUUAGAGCACCCUGAUAAUAAACAGCUAAAGUACAAAGUAGCGUCGAGCAUGGAUAGCAAGGAAUACUAUCUGAAGCAACUCGGCAAUUCAUCGGGAAUGUUCGAACGCGAACGAGAUCCCGUUAUAGAUGAUACACCAUUAAACAUCAACGAAACCUCCACCGAGAGCGAGCCACCAAUGGUUCCGUGUACGCUGGAACGUCACGCUAGUGAACCGGACGAAGCGCCCGAAGAUAACGAACAAGAAGAGGAGAACAAUCAAACGGUUCCGGACAAUCAAACUUUGAUACGUCUACUCGAGGAGCACGAGAAGAUAAGUCACAUGUUCAGAUGCGCGCGAAUACAGGGUUUGGACACGACCGAGGGUCUCCUUUUAUUUGGAAAGGAACAUUUCUACGUGAUCGAUGGAUUCACAUUGUUAAAAUCUAGGGAGAUAAGAGAUAUAGAGAGUUUGCCGGACGCGUACGAACCAAUCCUACCAUCACCAGGAUCGCCCAGAAGAUCAAGAGCGAUGAGACAGUGCUCCAAGUUUAAUUACGAAGACAUCAGGGAAGUACACAAAAGACGAUACUUAUUACAACCCAUGGCACUGGAAGUAUUCAGCGGAGAUGGUAGAAACUAUUUACUUGCAUUUCCGCGGAAAGUGAGGAACAAAGUUUACCAAAGAUUCAUGACGUUCGCUACUGCGAUCGCCGACAGCGCUCAGCAGUCCGUAGCGGGUCAAAGGCGUACGGCGAAUGUUGAGCAAGCCACCGGUCUGCUAUCGAAUCUUAUAGGGGAAACUUCAGUUACGCAAAGAUGGGUGAGAGGAGAAAUAUCUAAUUUCCAAUACCUGAUGCAUCUUAAUACUCUGGCGGGCCGUAGCUACAAUGAUCUUAUGCAGUACCCGAUAUUCCCGUGGAUCUUGGCAGAUUACGACAGCGAGGAGCUAGAUCUCACGGACUCGUCGACGUUCAGAGAUUUUAGCAAACCUAUGGGCGCACAAAGUCCCGAACGAUUGUUACAAUUUAAGAAGAGAUAUAAAGAGUGGGAUGAUCCGCAUGGAGAGACUCCCCCUUAUCACUAUGGCACACAUUAUUCCUCAGCGAUGAUAGUAUGUUCCUACCUAGUUAGAAUGGAACCGUUCACGCAACACUUUCUUAGAUUACAGGGUGGGCAUUUCGAUUUAGCCGACAGGAUGUUCAAUAGUAUAAAAGAAGCGUGGCUAUCUGCUUCCAAGCACAACAUGGCCGACGUAAAGGAACUUAUCCCAGAAUUUUUUUACCUCCCAGAAUUCUUAGUCAAUUCGAAUCACUUUGAUCUAGGCUCUAAGCAAAGCGGUGUUCAACUCGGCGAUAUCGUUCUUCCACCUUGGGCGAAGCAGGAUCCUCGCGAAUUCAUUCGCGGACACAGACUCGCGUUGGAGUGUGAUUACGUGUCGCAGCAUCUCCACCAGUGGAUCGAUCUGAUAUUUGGAUGUAAACAAAACGGCCCAGCGGCUGUCGAGGCCGUGAAUGUGUUCCAUCAUCUGUUCUACGAAGGCAACGUUGACAUUUACAACAUCGAUGAUCCGCUGAAAAAGAAUGCGACUAUCGGCUUCAUCAAUAAUUUCGGCCAGAUACCUAAGCAAUUAUUCAAGAAGCCGCAUCCGGCGAAGAAGAUGACGCAAAGGACCAGCGUUAUAGAUCCUGGGCCCAUUACCCCUGGACUGAGCAUCACCACGUCUGACAAGUUGUUCUUCCACAAUCUUGAUAAUUUAAAACCAUCGCUGCAACCUAUUAAAGAAUUAAAGGGUCCCGUUGGACAAAUACUGCACAUUGACAAAGCUGUGUUAGCGGUGGAGCAAAACAAGACUCUCAUCCCACCCUCCUACAACAAAUAUGUGGCGUGGGGAUUCGCCGAUCAUUCUCUCAGAAUAGGAAACUACGACAGCGAGAAGGCGAUCUUCGUCGGCGAGGCCAUGAUGCAAAGCAGCGGGGAGAUAGUAGCGUGCGUUUGUCCGUCUUCCAAAUUGAUCGUUACUGCUGGCACCAGCUCCGUCGUCACUGUUUGGGAAUAUGCCAAGCGGCAGCUUUCCAUAAAACAAUGCCUGUACGGACAUAUUGAUGCAGUCACAUGUUUAUCGUCCAGUCCCGCAUACAAUGUUAUCGUGUCAGGAUCGCGAGAUGGUACAGCGAUCAUAUGGGACUUAUCUCGAUGUUUGUUCGUGCGUCAGCUCAGGGGCCACGCAGGACCAGUGGCUGCAGUGGCCAUAAAUGAAUUAACGGGAGACAUAGCUACUUGCGCGGCUACAUGGCUACACGUGUGGAGUAUCAAUGGAGAAGAAUUGGCGAGCGUUAAUACUUGUGUCGGUCGCGCCGACAGAAUGCAACAAAUAUUAUGCGUCGCUUUCAGUCAGACCCACGAAUGGGAUUCCCAAAAUGUUAUUAUGACUGGCUCUACUGACGGCGUUGCUCGUAUGUGGUCGAUGGAUUAUGUGCAAGUGCCUGCGGAGGAAGACAAACCUGAGGAAGUGACAACUGCCAAAGAAAAGAACGAGAAGCAAAACACGGAAGGCAAUCAAACUGAAACGAAAAAGAGAGUUCAGGAAUUAGUCAAACAAAUGAGUAUAUCUGCUGAAGGAUCAGCUGCACUUAUGAAAAGUGGCUCUGAAAGCAGUCUCUCCGAAGCAGAAAAUGCCAAAGAAGCUUCUAGGCUUCACGAGGAAAAGGAGGAGUGUUCCGAUAAUGAAUCUAGUAAUUCAAGUAAUAAACCUUCACCUCAGAAUAAUCACGCAUCACUGGUCGUACUGCGUAGGAAAAGUCGCGGAAAUCCGAUGUUCAGGAAAAGCGAGGGCGGCGGACGUGCUGAUAGUGAGGGAACGCAAACCAACGAAUCCGUCAGUAAUUCUGGAGAUUCUGAAGGAGCAUUGAGGGCUAGUAAAAGCGACACCAGUCUGACCGACAGUUUCGUUAUGGUUACCGAAGCUGACACAAAACCGCGAAAGAUCAAUCCGCAAAACAUUUUGCGGGACGGUUUCAAGUGGCAAAGACAAUUAGUAUUCCGCAGUAAAUUAACAAUGCAUACUGCCUACGAUCGUAAAGACAAUGCAGAACCAGCAUCCAUUACGGCCCUAGCAGUGUCAAGGGAUCAUAGGACGGUGUAUGUGGGCGACACUCGCGGUAGAGUAUUUUCGUGGAGUGUGUGCGAACAACCUGGACGCACGGUCGCCGAUCAUUGGUUGAAAGAUGAGGGAGCGGACUCUUGCGCUGGUUGUGGCGUCAGGUUCAACCUGUACGAAAGGAGACACCAUUGCCGCAACUGUGGGCAAGUAUUCUGCUCAAGAUGCAGCCGAUUCGAGUCCAAAAUAUCCAGGCUAGGUAUCCUAAAGCCGGUUAGAGUCUGUCAGGGCUGUUAUUCGUCAUUACGGUCUCAGAGUAAUUCUACCGAGAGUAACACUUAAUGCGACAGCACGGAGUCUUAUCUUACAUAAAUCGUUAAAUUAUAUGGAAAGCUCUUAGCGGGUUGUAAAUACUUAUAAGUGUACCUAUUAAUCUUUUAGUUGAAAUUCUGUACACGAACAAAAAAAAACACAAAGCAUUCUAUUAUACCUCGUGUGCGAAUUAAACGCGCGAUCUACUGUAUUGUAUCUAUUUUUUAUGGAUGAGUUGAUGCAGUCGUAAUUCUAUUCGUAUUUGCGUAAGCAAAGACAUUGUUGCAUUUUUAUUCUUCGCGAUGACAUUUCCAUUAUUAACCGACUUAUUGAAGCAACAACAAGGUAAUGAUUAAUAUAAGUGUUAAGUACUAGGUUGUACAUUCCUUGUUGACUGUUUCAAGUCGUGGAUAGGAUAUUAUUAACUUGCGAAGGAAAGAGAUAAACAAUCCUAAUAUAUUAAGAUGCAUUAUAUACAUAUUUAAUAUACUUUUUAUUAUUGACAAA